AUGUCUGGAGGGAGGCUUUGUAAAGCAGCUUCUCUAGAGAAUGGAAGUGAUAUGUCUGGAGAAGGGCUUUGUAGAACAACUUCUCGAGAGAAUGGAAGUGAGAAGUCUGGAGAAGGGCUUUGUAGAACAACUUCUCUAGAGAAUGGAAGUGAUAUGUCUGGAGGGAGGCUUUGUAGAUCUCUUUCUCGAGAGAAUGGAAGUGAUAUGUUUGGAGAAGGGCUUUGUAGAACAACUUCUCGAGAGAAUGGAAGUGAGAAGUCUGGAGAAGGGCUUUGUAGAACAACUUCUCUAGAGAAUGGAAGUGAUAUGUCUGGAGGGAGGCUUUGUAGAUCUCCUUCUCGAGAGAAUGGAAGUGAGAAGUCUGGAGAAGGGCUUUGUAGAACAACUUCUCUAGAGAAUGGAAGUGAGAAGUCUGGAGAAGGGCUUUGUAGAGCAACUUCUCGAGAGAAUGGAAGUGAGAAGUCUGGAGAAGGGCUUUGUAGAGCAGCUUCUCUAGAGAAUGGAAGUGAGAAGUCUGGAGAGAGGCUUUGUAAAGCAACUUCUCUAGAGAAUGGAAGUGAGAAGUCUGGAGGAGGUCUUUGUAGAGCAGCUUCUCUAGAGAAUGGAAGUGAGAAGUCUGGAGAGAGGCUUUGUAGAGCAACUUCUCGAGAGAAUGGAAGUGAGAAGUCUGGAGGGAGGCUUUGUAGAGCAGCUUCUCGAGAGAAUGGAAGUGAGAAGUCUGGAGAAGGGCUUUGUAGAGCAGCUUCUCGAGAGAAUGGAAGUGAUAUGUUUGGAGAAGGGCUUUGUAGAGCAACUUCUCGAGAGAAUGGAAGUAAGAAGUUUGGAGAAGGUCUUUGUGGAGCAACUUCUCGAGAGAGAAUGGAAGUGAGAAGUCUGGAGGGAGGCUUUGUAGAGCAGCUUCUCUAG